UUCAUUUUUAUAGGUGCAGUUCUGGCAUGUUGUUGCCUGUGUUUAAAUGUAAAGACAUUCAUUAAAACAGGUUUAAGCUCACGACUUCAGGGGAAAUUGUUAGGUAUUGUAAAAAGGGAUGCAGAACCAAGGGUCAUAAGCUUCUCUAUCUCACUCUCUCUCUUUUCCCAUGAGGCCUCACAGAGGAUUAUGUAUGUGCAAUUGAAACUUGGCAAAUGACUUUCCUCCCUCCCCCCUCCAAAAAAAAAAAAAAAAAACAUUUCAGCAAUGCUGCCAAUCCGUCUUUAUGUCUGAGCAGCAACUGUUGUUUUAGUUUAAAUCUGAGAUGAAGAACAAACAGAUGAACAGGACAGGGAACAUCCAGAAAAAGAAAGAGAAAUGCAGGUCAAACAUGCAGAACAAAAUGGGCAAAAAGGCCAAGAUGGCGAACUCUGAUAGAAUGACGAAUAAGCAUUUGGGCAACCAGACAAGUGCAGCAUUGCAGAUGGACAAUGGAGUGGAGGCAGAAUUAAAAAACACCACGCACCAACAAUGUGGCUGGUUUUCACGCAACCUGCUCCUUGCCCUCACUGUGCUAGGUGUAAUAGCAGGCACAGUGAUGGGCAUGAUGCUGCGUUAUGUUCCUGAUCUGGACACAAACAGUCUCAUGCUGGUUUCCUUUCCGGGAGACGUCCUUAUGAGAAUGCUAAAGAUGCUCAUCCUGCCCCUCAUCAUUUCCAGUCUCAUUACAGGCCUGGCUGGUCUGGAUGCUCGCUCCAGUGGAAGAAUGGGCUCCAGAGCAAUGGUGUACUACAUGUCCACCACAGUAAUUGCUGCUAUUCUAGGUGUCAUCCUGGUGCUUGGCAUACACCCUGGGAACCCAAAACUCAGAUCCAGUCAGGUCAGCUCCGCCCCCAGGAACCAAGAGGUCAGCAGUCUGGAUGCCUUUCUGGAUCUGAUCCGAAACCUUUUUCCAGAGAACCUGGUCCAGGCCUGUUUUCAACAGGUUCAAACGGUGAUGAAAAAAGUAGCUGUGCCAGUCCAGAACCAAACAGAACCAAUCGUUGUCAACAGGAAGAAACUGGAAAUGAAGUGGGGAAUGAAUGUUUUAGGUUUGAUUGGGUUCUUCAUCACAUUUGGUAUCUGCAUGGGGAAAAUGGGAGAGAGGGGGAAGCUCAUGUCUGAUUUCUUCAACAUCCUUAAUGAGAUCAUCAUGAAGAUGGUGUCCAUGAUCAUGUGGUACUCUCCAUUUGGCAUUGCCUCCCUCAUCUGUGGGAAAAUUGCUGCCAUCGGUGACCUGGAAGUGGUGGCGCGACAGCUGGGCAUGUACAUGGUCACGGUCAUAGUUGGACUCAUCAUUCAUGGCGGGCUCAUCCUGCCAUUCAUAUAUUUUGCCAUGACUCGGAAAAACCCCUUCACGUUUUACUCUGGUAUCUUCCAGGCUUGGAUCACUGCUCUGGGAACAGCCAGCAGUGCUGGGACAUUGCCAGUGACAUUUCGUUGUCUGGAGGAGAAUCUGAAUAUUGAUAAGCGUGUGACUCGUUUUGUGCUGCCCAUUGGAGCCACUAUAAACAUGGAUGGCACUGCACUCUAUGAGGCCGUGGCUGCCAUUUUCAUUGCCCAGAUGAAUGAUAUUGCCUUAGAUGCAGGACAGAUUAUUACUGUCAGUAUGACAGCGACUUUGGCCAGUGUGGGAGCGGCCAGUAUUCCCAGUGCAGGUCUGGUCACCAUGUUGCUAAUCUUGACCGCUGUGGGCCUUCCAACUCAAGACAUCAGCCUGCUCGUCGCUGUCGACUGGCUUCUAGACAGAAUGCGCACCUCCAUUAACGUGGUGGGCGACUCUUUCGGGGCAGGCAUUGUGGACCACCUAUCACGGGCAGAGCUUGCUGUGAUCGACGGAGACAUCCCUCUAUCAGACGAGGAGUUCGUCCCCCCUCCACCACUGCUCACUGAAAUAGACCUUAUAGAUCCUCUCAAACCACCCGAACUGCCCCCUCGCUCCCCGCGCCCUCCCAAGCUCAAUCAUCACGCUCCGUCUCUGACCCCUUCACAGUCUCAAUCGCACUCCAUCCCGCACUCGCCCCGUUCCGUCCGUUCUCCGUCACCUCACUCCAUCCGUUCGCCCUCUCCUCGCUCUGUGUGCUCUCACUCCCCGAGGCCUUUCCGAACACAUUCCCCUCGUCUUUUACGCGGGACAGAGCCUGGAUACUGUGCCCUGCCCACUUACGACAACCAGAUUACCACACUUCCCAGAAGUUUCCGGGAGAGAGGCAGAGACCGGGAAAGAGACAGAGAAAGACAGAGACUGAGAGAACGGGAACGGGAUAAAGAGAGCGAGACUGAGGAGGACGAGGAGAAAGAAAGAAUGAUGGACGAGGGGAGCGAAGGAGAGGAAAGUGACGACACGGCAUACGACAGACGCCAUGCCAUCCCACCUUGUGACCUGCCCUGAACAGGAACAGACAAAGCUUUACCACAUUUUCACAAUACUAAUUCUGUAUUUCAGCACCCACCUUGCUGGAUGAAAGACUUUGAGUACCUACGUGUGUUGUGUGUUUGUUCUGCUUUGAGAAACUUGACAUAAUUGAAUAGAGGGUUCAAGUAUGUUUCUUAGUGUCAGCUUAAUAGUCUAGCAACACCAAUUGUAUGUAACUUACAGCUUAUUUGCUUUUAUUGGUUAUUUGCUUUUACAGGAUUUCAAUAAUAAACCGGAUGAGUGCUUUGAGCGUUUAUUGCA